AUGAUGAACAGACUCAUAUUGUGUAUACUGGUAUGUAUAGUGGAGAUGAUGGAGAUGCCGGACCCAGGCAGGGAACCCCUACUGAGCCCCGGUGUUAUUACCCUGAAGGAGGACAGGAGUCUUCUUCUGACCGAGGUCAACUGGCAACUCAUCCGGGUACAGAGACUUGCCCCCUACGAGGAGUUAGCGCUGAAGCUUACCUCCACUCUGGAAACACUAGAGAAGAUUAUGAGCAAGGGACCGCGGAGUCAAGAAUCCCAGAAUCGCCCCCUGGAAAGGAAGUUCAUCCGUGCUCUAGAAGAAGGACUUCUUGCUCAAGUGAGGGGGGCACAAGGUGUUCUCCACAAGGUCAGAAACGAUAUUGUCGAUCUACUUGAAAACAUUGAACUCUAUCAAGGGUGUCAUUCCGGACGAGUACCCCGGGCUGUAUUUUCGUUCAUGGGAUUGAUCAUGCACGACAUGUUCGGUGUCAUGGAUGAAAAUGGGGAACGGUUAGUGCGGAAUUUGGACGCUAGUGUUAAGGAGGUCAUCCACCUCCAGAAAUCCCAGGCCAGUAUAGUAGCAGGACUACUUACCUCUUUCCAAGCCACCUCCGCGAGGGUUGGCGAUAUUGAAUCUAAACUUAUAUAUGGGAAAACUGCUGCAGUCAGCAAUUCCCCUAGCCUCGAGACAGGCUCCUGGGCAUAUGCCCCAGUACUCACCCCUGCGAUUAAUCUAUAUCGGGAUUACGACACAGCCAUGAAGUCGCAGUUCUACCUACCACCACCAAUACUUCCUCGUUACUAUCAAAAAACAAAAUGUUCCAUAACUUGGGUUCACGUGUUUCCAUUUGUCAUGCCCGUGUAUAGGUAUUCGAUCUCCUGA